GAAUAUUCCAAUCUUCUAUGUAACGUGAAAAGAAAGAUAAAAGACUCACAGAAGAAAAAAGAGAAUGUGAAACUGAAACAAACAAACUCCAACAGACCAAAAAGAAAAGAAAAAAAAGAGUCGUUGCGCUUGCGCGUUGUUUUUCUCAAAUCUCUCAACCAAUCCAUUUCUCAUUUUUCAAAAGGAUAGUUUUUUGAAGAUUUGGUUUUAGGGUCUUGAAGGGUUGCAAAUAUGAGUGACAAUUUGAUGGAGAAAGUUAGUGCCUUUGGUGAACGCCUCAAGAUUGGAGGUGCCGAGGUGGGCCGAAAGAUGACUGCAGGCAUGAGUUCAAUGAGCUUCAAGAUGAAGGAGCUUUUCCAAGGCCCAAACCAGACUGAUAAGAUCGUUGAUGAUGCCACCUCGGAGAACCUUGAUGAGCCUGACUGGGCCAUGAAUCUUGAUAUUUGUGACAUGAUCAAUACUGAAAAGAUUAACAGUAUUGAAUUGAUCCGCGGAAUUAAAAGGAGGAUCAUGUUGAAGAGUCCUAGGAUUCAGUACUUGGCUUUGGUGUUGCUUGAAACAUGUGUUAAGAAUUGUGAGAAGGCUUUCUCGGAGGUAGCAGCGGAGAGAGUUCUUGAUGAGAUGGUGAAGUUGAUUGAAGAUCCUCAGACUGUAGUUAAUAACCGUAACAAGGCUUUGAUGCUAAUUGAAUCAUGGGGAGAAUCGACCAAUGAGCUCCGCUAUUUGCCUGUUUAUGAAGAAACAUACAAGAGUUUAAGAUCAAGGGGCAUUCGGUUCCCUGGUCGUGACAAUGAAAGUUUGGCACCUAUAUUCACUCCUGCUCGUUCAGUAUCGGAGUCAGAAUUGAAUGAGGGUCUUCCUCAGCAGAUUGAGCGUGAUCUUCCAGUGCAAAGCUUUACGGCUGAACAAACAAAGGAAGCAUUUGAUGUUGCAAGAAACAGUGUUGAGCUUCUUACAACGGUUUUAUCCUCUUCACCCCAGCAAGAUGCUUUGCAGGAUGACUUGACAACCACACUGGUCCAACAGUGUCGUCAGGCACAAUUUACUGUCCAGAGAAUUAUUGAGACAGCUGGAGAUAAUGAGGCCCUGCUUUUUGAAGCCUUGAAUGUGAAUGAUGAGAUCCAGAAAGUUCUCUCCAAGUUUGAAGAGCUGAAGAAGCCUUCAGUUCCACUUGAGCCAGAACCAGCUAUGAUACCCGUUGCUGUUGAGCCCGAUGAGUCACCCCGUCAUGCAAAAGAAGAUGCCCUGAUUAGAAAACCAGCUGGUUCUCGAGGUGGUGGCCAGGGGGGAAGUACUGACGAAAUGAUGGAUGAUCUUGAUGAAAUGAUAUUUGGUAAGAAAGGUGGGGGUACGUCUGAAAGUGGGCAUGAUUCCAAGAAGCAACCACCAAAGGGUGAUCUCAUCAGCCUUUGAGCUGCUUCACAUAGCCGAUUAUUAUGUGGUUUUGGGACAGAGCAUGCCUGGAUGUUGUUGAUACUGGGUUUUUUAGUUGGUGAAGACAAUUUAUGUUUGAUGUUUUAAAAAAACUUAUGAUCUUCAUAAACAAGGUUGUGGACUUUUUCUCUUGGGAACUUCAAUUAUUUCUGCACAUUAUGUAAGUAAUUCAUGUUUAUAUUUUGAUACAUAACAGCUUGAGAGAGCAAGUGACUGGUAAAUUCAUUUUUUCUGCUGGCUAUGGAUGCAAAAAAAGGUUUCAUGUG